AUGGCUGUGGGGACGGGAGAGCAGGUGAAGCUGUUGGGGGCGUGGGCGAGCCCGUACGUGGCCAGGGUGAAGCUGGCGCUCCACCUCAAGGGUGUGAGCUACGAAUACAUGGAGGAGGACCUCACCAACAAGAGCGAGCGGCUCCUCCGCUCCAACCCCGUCAACAAGAAGGUGCCCGUGCUCAUCCAUGGCGGUAAACCAAUCUGCGAGUCCCAGGUAAUCGUCCAAUACAUCGACGAGGCCUUCGCCUCUGUAGGCCCGACCCUUCUCCCCGCCGACCCCCACGAGCGCGCCGUUGCCCGCUUCUGGGCCACCUCCGUCGACGACAAGGUCUUGUUGCCGUGGGGAAUGCUCUUGAGGGCCAAGAGGGACGAGGAGAGGGCAGAGUGGACGAGGCAGACCCUCGCAGCGGUUGAUGUGCUAGAAGAAGGCGUGAGGGAGUGCUCAAAGCGCAAGGUGUUCUUUGGCGGUGACGACGUGGGCUACCUCGACGUCCUGCUCGGGGGCAUGGUCCCAUGGGUGUACGCGACCAAGAAGAUAUCCGGUCACAACUUCUUGGACACCAGCAAGGCCCCGCUGCUGGCGGCAUGGAUGGAGCGCUUCGCGGAGCUGGACGGUACCAAGGCGGUGUUCCAGGACGUUGACAGCUUGGUAGAGUACGUUGGGACCGUACUUUACGGAACGACUGUAAGCAACUGA